CACUCGCUUAUAAUAAGUCAACGUAAAGCCAACUCCUCCUCUUCCAUUACACACGUGUGCAGCUGACUUGGCAAAAGACAAAAAUUAAAAAAGAAAACUGCAAAGGAAAACAGCUUCUCCUAGGCUUCCGGUGGGAUUUUAUAAAGCAAAGGGUCCUUCUGUGCUUUUUUUCUUCUUCUGCUUUCUCCUGCAAAGCACAAGUAGUUUUGCCGACAUAAAUCACGCUGCUUUACGCACCAAGUUGGACUGUCUAGUUGAAUGAAAACCUGGAGGGGGUGAGGAAGCCUUUCUCACAGGCUCUCUGUUGAUCUUUCCCCCCUUCUGUCAGGUUUUUUUUUUUUUUUUUUUUUUUUUUUUGGAGACAUAUAUCUGUUUUUGCCUGCCUGUGUGAUGCGGUAGAUGGUUUGCUGCCCAGAGUGGCAGUGCCAGUUGCCAGUUACUUAUUGUUCUGCAAAAAAGAAGAAAUUUUCGUCGGCAAUGUCUUGCAAAUUACCGAAAUCCUGAUACUACUCCCGGCGAGGAGGCAUCGGUACCGAGACUCAUGCAACGGGGGCUUCCAUAGUUGAUCUGAAGAGAACAGUUAUAAUAUCCUCCCCUCUGCGGCAACGAUGCUUUUCCAUGGCCUCCCUGGAGGCGACGUGCACGGUGUGGUGGAAGAGAUGGACCGGAGAGGAAAGAGCGAGUCAGCAGCCAUCAGCUCAGCCAUCGAUAUGGGGGAAUCUGAAACGUCCAUGCCAUGCAUGACCAGUGAGCGGGUGGCCCUGUGUGCGGGCUGCGGUAGGAAGAUAGCGGACCGUUACUACCUGCUGGCCGUGGAUAAACAGUGGCACAUGCGCUGCCUCAAAUGCUGCGAGUGCAAACUGAACCUGGAGUCUGAGCUCACCUGCUUCAGCAAGGACGGCAGCAUCUACUGCAAGGAGGACUACUACAGAAGAUUUUCGGUGCAGAGAUGCGCUCGGUGUCACCUGGGGAUCUCGGCCUCGGAGAUGGUGAUGCGGGCCCGGGACUUGGUCUACCACCUCAACUGCUUCACCUGCACUACCUGCAGCAAGAUGCUCACCACCGGGGACCACUUUGGCAUGAAGGACAGUCUGGUCUACUGUCGACUGCACUUUGAGACUCUCAUCCAGGGAGAAUAUCAGACACAUUUUAACCAUGCGGACGUUGUGCCGCAUAAAGGCCUGGGCCCGGCCAACACACUCGGACUAUCCUACUUCAACGGCGUGGGGACGGUGCAGAAGGGCCGGCCCAGAAAGAGGAAAAGCCCCGGGCCUGGGGCCGAGCUGGCCGCCUACAAUGCAGCGCUGAGCUGUAAUGAGAAUGACGGCGACUCCAUGGACAGGGACUCCCAGUAUAGCUCCAGUCAGAAGACCAAGCGCAUGAGGACGUCCUUCAAGCACCACCAGCUGAGGACCAUGAAGUCCUACUUCGCCAUCAACCACAACCCCGACGCCAAGGACCUCAAGCAGCUCGCCCAGAAGACCGGCCUCACCAAGCGGGUCCUACAGGUGUGGUUCCAAAACGCCCGGGCUAAGUUCAGGAGGAACCUGCUGCGGCAGGAGAGCACCGGGGUGGACAAGGCGUCGGACGGCUCCACGCUGCAGGGGGGGACGCCGUCGGGCCCGGCCUCUGAGAUCUCCAACGCCUCCAUGAGCCCGUCCAGCACCCCCACCACCCUGACAGACUUGACCAACCCCACCAUGCCCACCGUCACCUCCGUCCUCACCUCGGUGCCAGGCGGCAUGGACGUCCACGAGUGCAGGAGCCCGUCACAGACCACUCUGACCAGCCUCUUCUGAUGGACGGGAGCCUCACUACAGCCUAACCCCUGCCACCUUCUACCCCCUGCUCCCAUCCUCUGAGCCUCCCCACCCCGUCCCAACACCUCCUGGAUCUAAAGCCGAGGACUCUUGACUACUAAAAAACAUUACACGGAUUAGGAAAAAGACGGUAAAGGAAAGAGGAAAAAAAGCAAAACACAGAUCUCAUUUUGCUCUGAGCCCAUUAGAGACUAUUUGCAUAGUGAGGCGCUUGAGCCUUACAGAUGGAACAGUUGUUGUUAUUUUGAUGUUGUUGUCUUGUCGAGAACUGAGGAGACUUGAUUUACAUUUUUCAAUGUUUACAGAAAGAGACUGGGGGGAAAAACUGCUUAAUUUUGGAAAUUCAUUUUUUCCAGCACAGUAUUUAUGUUGUUGUACAAGAGUCACUGUUAGAAGGAUUGUAAAAAAUUCUUUUUGGAAAUCUGAGAUUAAACACAGGUUACAAUAUCCUAUGACUGCCACGUGCCUUACAGUCCAUUUUAUCUUCACAACUGUUAUCAGAUGUCGACCAACAUCAAAAAAUAAUGACUUGACUCAGAAGAAAAAUAGAGGUAAAUUAC